ACAGGCGGAAGCAUGAAAGUGAAACAUUAACGAGUCUGUCGAUCAUCGAUCAUCAGAUCAUCGAUUAUCAGAUUAUCAGAUUAUCAGAUUAUCAGCAGACGUCUCUCCGCCUCUCGGUGUCUGUCAGCGCCGUGACGUCCGGUAACAAACCGGUUACCGGGACUUUGUGACAUCCCCUCCGGAAAUAACCUGCUAGCUUUAGCUGCUAGCUUUAGCUGCUUUUAGCUGUUAGCCUAGCCUAGCCGCCGAGCGGAGAACCGGAGCGUCGGUGCGAUGGGAGCCCACCGCAGUGAGGGAGGCCGGGACUGGCUGGAGCAGGACGGGCCGGAGCAGACGGAGCAGAGCCCGAAGCCGUGGAACUUGAUGAUCAAACACAGACAGAUACACAGACGAGGACGACGCUCACACACGGCAGUCAGCUACACUGAUCCUCAGGUGUCCAUGGACCUGUUGAGGGCUGUGCUUCAGCCCAGCUUCAACGAGGAAAUCAUGGCUGUGUUCAGGAAAUACCAUAAGUUCUUUGAGAAAGGGGCGGAGAACGUGAAGGAGAACGUUGGAGAUGACGUUCAGACCGAACAGCUGAUCAGAGAGGCCUGCAGGAACGUUCUGGAACAUGCCAAACAGCUGUUUCCAGAGGUGGAGGUGAAGAAGGCGGGGUCAGAGGCUGCAGUGAAGAGGUCCAAACCUGUUGAUGAGGACUACAGUCAGAGAGGAAGUCCCAUCCCCAAGAAGAGAAGGGCCCGUCCAGGCGCGGGGGCGGCCUCCGCCGACCGACCUCACACCUUCUCCACUCAAGUGAAGCCCAAGUCGGAUCCAAUCAAGAGAGAAGGACCGAAGUGGGAGCCAACCAGACUGAACGAAAGCAGCACGUUUGUUCUCGGCUCCAGAGCCAACAAGGCUCUGGGGAUGGGCGGGACCAGAGGACGCAUCUACAUCAAACACGCUGAUCUCUUUAAGUAUGCAGCAGAUACGAAGGAUAAGCAGUGGCUGGCAGAGAGACACCACAUGAGAGCGACAGGAGGGAAGAUGGCCUACCUGCUGAUUGAGGAGGACAUCCAGGAACUGUAUCGCAGUGAUGAGUACAAGGACUGUCCGGACGUCAAGAUGGACGAGUUGAAGCCGUUCUCAGUUCCUCUGUGGAUGGUGGAGAAGAUGCAGCGAGCCAUGGAGGCUCAAAGAGACGCUGAACCCUGACCCCCUCCCCCCACACACACACACACCACAUGACCCACCCGCAGUGAUCACAUGUUGUUAUUGUUAAUGCUGUUUUUUAAAAAACGAAAUAAAAACAAACCCUGCAGGUUGUGA